AUGGCAUCUUCAAGCUCAGUGGGAAGCAGGAGCAAUAUCCGAUCACGAAGGCAAGCAUUAAGGGCAACAUGUUUUUGUAAAGAUCCCGUUGGUAAGUGGACAUCAUGGAGGCCAACAAACCCUGGCAGGAGUCCCCCAUUACCAAACAACCGGUACAGAAACAUGUUGAUGGAUUUUCACAAUAAUGGCAUUCAAGUAGACGAUGAGUUCGUUGAAGAAUUUGUGGAAGAAGCUGUGGAUUUUCACAACAAUGGCAUUCAAGAGGUUCCUGUACAAGGUGAAGGUGAAAAAUGGAAGAUUGGGUUUUUUUGUGUUUGUUGGUGA